UAUUAACUCUAUUGAGCGCAGGAAAGGAAGUUCAAACCUUACAAUUGGUUGGUUCUUCCUUCCUCCAACCUCAUCCAUCGGCCUCCUCUCAAGAGUGUAGGCUCAUUCUUUUCUCUCUCUGUGUCAUCUCUAGUUAGCUUUUCCAUCUUUGAUUAGAAAUGAUGCCGCCGACCGUCUUCGCCUUCGCAUUAUUUGCUCUCACAUUCAUCGGCUCGCAGGCAAAUGCAGCAACCGUGGAGCACACUUUCCAUAUAAGGAACCUGACCGUAAGCCGCAUGUGCAAGGAGAAAGUGAUCCUCGCGGUGAACGACCAAUAUCCGGGGCCGGCAAUACAAGUCACCGAGGGCGAUUCCGUUGUAGUUCACGUCAUCAAUGAAUCGCCGUUCGACAUGACGAUUCACUGGCACGGAGUAUUUCAGCUGGGAAGUGCUUGGGCUGAUGGGGCGAAUAUGGUAACGCAGUGUCCGAUACGGCCUGGAAAACGGUUAACCUACAGAUUCAAUGUGACGGGCCAAGAGGGCACACUGUGGUGGCACGCUCAUGUCUCCUACCACCGGGUGACCGUCCAUGGACCUCUCAUCAUCAGACCCAAGGGGGGCACUGAAGCACUCCCCUUCCCCAAACCCGACGACGAAGUCACCAUCGUCCUCGGAGAGUGGUGGAGCGCGAAUGUGGUCAAGGCGGAAGAAGAGGUUAUGAGGAGCAUCUUCUCCACCAUUUCUGAUGCAUUUACCAUAAAUGGAUACCCCGGAGACCUCUACAAUUGUUCUGGUUAGUUUUAUAUAGUUUUGAUGCUC